CUCACGAGUUUAAAUCUGUGUCUGCGUUUAGUCUUUAAAACGGUAUUUAAUUUUACUACAUUAUUGCUAAGUAUAUAUAGCUCUAUUUUCAGGAAAACCAAUACCGUGUCGCUUUUCUCGCCAAAUUAACCCAAAUUCGCCAAAAGUUAAUCAACGUCAAAUUUCUCAGUUCCGUCAAUCAACAAAUAAAAUCCACGUCAGUUGUCCUAUUUGUAGUUUUAUGUCAUUUUUUCUUUUAUUCUUUGUCUUUUCAACAGUCCAGAAAAUGGAACAUAAUUCAACUUACAAAAAACAACCAACACAUCAAAAAGAGAACGGAGAAUUAAAUAACAACACUAAUCCAAGUGUGCUCGCAUACUUCACAGCUGUCCGACCUUGGUCAUUCUCAGCAAGUAUGACUCCUGUUAUUCUCGGCAAUGCAUUGACAUAUAGAGAGCUUGGUAGCAUCAAUAUCACUCUGUUUCUACUGACGGUGCUUUGUGUGGUUUCUAUUCACUGUGCUGGUAACUUGACCAAUACUUAUUUCGAUUACCACAAUGGAGUUGAUCAACACGCAUCUGAAGAUCAAACUUUAGUUAAAAAAAUAUUGAAAUCUGACGAUAUCUAUAAAAUGAGUAUACUGGCUUACUUGGUUGGGUGUAUAUCAUUUGUUUCAAUAUUUUUACUUUGUCGAGCAACAUACAGUGUUUUGGUGACGUUGUUUCUCAUUGGUGUAAGUGGGUCUUUCUUUUACACGGGAAGUAUCGCGCUAAAAUACCACGGUUGCGGUGAUGUAACCAUUGUUCUGUUAUUUGGCCCGCUUUGUGUUUUAUCAGCAUACGUUGUACAAGCCGGUGUGAUGUCAUGGCAAGCGGUUUUGUAUUCGUUACCGUUGGUCUUUCAUACAGAAGCUAUCCUUCACGCGAAUAAUUCACGUGAUCGCGAGGAUGACAGACGUGCAGGAAUAAUGACACUGGCUAUUGUCAUGGGAGAGGACAACUGUCAUUUUUUGUUUACGUUGUUAUUGUUUGUCCCGUAUUUGUGUGUUGUUGUUUUGUCUGUUUUGUGGUCCAUAUAUUUUCUACUACCUCUUUUAUCAGUCAAAAUUGCUGUGGACUUAGAGAAGAAAUUUCGUUUGAAGAAUUGGUCAAAUUUAACGCAAGAAACUGCAAAGUUAAAUUUGAUUUUUGGACUUCUUUACAUCUCAGCAUUUGCACUCACAUAAAAACUCACCUAAAAUUGAAUUUUGGUGUGCUUCUACAUAUAUACAGUACUAAUUCGCAUUAGCACUAUUAACAAAAGUUUUCGCAUGGUUGUAGUGUCUCAGGGAACAAGAAAUUUUCUUCAAUGUUAUGUCUCUUACAAAAUGCGAAAGAAUGCGUAGGUUUCCAAGGUCUGCAUGUUAUUCGUUUUUCUGAAAAUAAGGACGAAUAAUCCUGGUUGUUCAUACGGAGAUGAACUGGAUAAUGUUGCAACAAUAUACCUAGAAUUUUUUUCACAUGAUAUUAAUAAAGAUGGCUAAUAUAUAUUACUCUUGUUAAUAAUAAUAAUAAUAAUAAUAAACAUAAAGUAGCUACAUAA